CACGACUACCCAAACGCAGACAGACUCUGAUCAAGACAUGUACUGGCAGAAGUGCACUUACAUCUAGUCUUCGGGACAAGAUGGCUUCCUCCAUCCUGGCACGCGUCGAAGAACUGGACGAUGUGGAACUGGCCAUACUGGUCUCGACAAUUGCAGAAGUUCACUGCAUCUUCUCCACCGCUGCACACACUGUCGCCGACCUGCAAGAACAACUGCGACUAACAUGCAUCGAUCUCCUCGGCCGGCAUCCGGCAGUCGUCGAGUGCUCUGCCGACACUACCGUCGAUGACUUCAACCAAGGCUUACUUGUUGACAAUAACAACCAAGAAGACCUCCAGGAUGCCCUUGAUCUUGACUACACAUCGGCCCGCCCUACCCUUAUGGUCAACUUCGAGCCAGUGCGUCAAGCCAGCCCUGGUGGCGGCCGAUUCGGAAGCACCAUUGCCAACUUCGAGGACAGACGGAUCGCGGACGUAAUCAUCGCUACCGGACUCGACGCUGCGAGCGAAAGUGUGCAAGUGCAGGCAUUGGAGCUGCUCAGAUCGGGUCGCAUCUUCACACGAUCAGCUAUGCAUGUCGCCCCCAAGGAUCUACUAUUUAUCACGGUCCUGUCAGAGCCUAAUGCCAGGUUGACCAGGCAUCUAAACGACUCCUUCUGCAUGUCACAUUACCACAGUCCCGAAGAUACUGUGCCCCAUCGGCAAAGCCGCUUGGGCAAGUUGGCCAUUUCCGAUGCUGCCUUUUCGCCCGAGGAGAUCAAACAUCUCUCCGAGUUGAUGAGCAAAGUGGAAAUGAGUGCCGAAAUUGCGCAGUAUCUGCACAACGUAGCCGUAUUCAUGCGCAACAGUCGAUACGUCAAGAGUGGCGUGACUGCUGCCAGUACGCGGCAGCUGCGAUUACUGGCUUUGGCCCUGGCACCACUGCACGGCCUUGACUACGUGCCACCCUCACUCAUCACGUUGGCAGCGCGGAAGAUCUAUCCGCAUCGGAUUGUCUUGGCUACUCCACAGAAUGAGAAGAGCUUACUGUGGGGAAGCGAUCCACAGGCCGUGAAGGAGAUGCUUAAUGGUGUGACUGUGGAAGAUGUCAUCGAGGAUGUGCUGGCCAGUGUUGACACGCCAUUAUGAAAAGACAUUGUCACGAGUCUAUCAGUCUCUUGGCAUGAUUCUUCAUCCUACGAGGAUCAGCGCUGUCUGGAAAGACCAGCAUUCCUCCACAUCGUCAAGAGUAUGUUCAGACUGAAUAUCGGUCGAGAGGGAAUCCCGUCCCUUCCUGGCGAUGAGUGUAAGAGGUGUGACUGCUUUUUGGAGGGGCCAUAGAUUCAUCAGUCUCGGAAGAAUGAGUGCGACACAUCGUAGCCUCAUCGAUGACAGGAUGGUCACAAUGUUCAGAUAGCCGAAGCAACAACGACGACAGCCACAGGAUGGCUCGGCGCCUCGAUCGUCCAGGCCUCCAAUCAGCAUGACUUCAUACCAGAGGCAUAGCAUAGUGGGUGCAGCGGCGACUAGAGAAGAAGAAGGAGGGGGAUGACGAGAGGAAGACUCCAAUGAGCGAGUAGAAUGAUACCAGAGGAGAGACGAAACAAGCUCACCUUGGAGCGGUGAAGAGAAACCAAACGCAGAGUAGUAGAAUAUGACGAAUGAGCCCUAUAGGCAAAAAAAGGUCACCAAAACAUCAACAUCACUCACUCACCCAACUCACUCACUCACCUCAGUACACUCCUCACUCACCCUCCUCUCAACAGCCCGGACAACCACAAGAAAAAAGAAAAAAGAAAAAAGAAAAAGAAAAAUCACUCAUAUACACCCCAAAACCGAAUCACGAAAUCACGAACGAAUGAGAUGAGACGAAAGAUUCAAUUACUACCUCACCUUACCUUUUUAACAUCGUAUACAGUUGGUAGAGUCAGUCAGUCAGUAUCUAGUGAUGGUCGAUCAUCAUGCAGAGUACAG